AUGGCAUGCACUUCCACUCCACCAUACCAACAAAAGAUGGGAAUAUUAUACCCAAUGGCAAAGGACCUACCUUCAGCUUCAUUCCCUCUUCCCGCUCGAAUAAUCUUUCACCGCGAUCUUCAACCUCCUCCGUCCAAUCCUCAACCAGCGGCAGUCCCCCACGCUCCCCUCGCCUCCUCCCCCGUUAACGAACCUCUCUCCUCAUCAUCUCCACCACCACCACCAUUACGCUAUAACAAUCGCACAGUCAUCAAAGACGCAAACUUCACACUCGAGGAAUUCGGCGAGUCGGACUACGAGGAUUUCGACAGCGACGACGAAUCUGUAAUCAGACCACAUCAAUACGAAGAUGCCGAGUCUGACCGAGCACCCUCAAUCAAAGCCUCUCCGCGCAACGACCUCCCAAAUAAACUAUACACCGGGAUCCGCAACAUGAAUUGCGAGACACAGGAUAUCCUAGGCCCGGAACUAGACCGGGAGGCAUGGUUGAAGAAAGUACAAGCCGAGAAGCGACGAAAACGGCGCAGCUCAGGCAGUGUGCAGAAACGGACCUUUAGUCAAAGCAUUGGCAGCGAUACGGAUGAGGAAGACGUGCAACCUGUAUUCGAGGGCGCGAAUGAGGCUGGCUCGAGUGCGAGGAGAUUGAGGCGGAAGGCGGAUAAUGAACGGAUCAGCUUGAUUUUUGAUGAUCCGCCGCCGAGGAUCGAUGAGUUGGAGGAGCCGGAGAGCUGCGAGGAGGUGGUGGAGGUCAAGGGGAGUGAGGAUGAGGGGCAGGGGGUUGAUUGCAACCUGCCUUAUUAUGUCCAGGAUAUGGAUGUUGAUUCGGAUGACGAGGAUUCAGAGUAG